AUGGAGGUGACCGAUACAGUUGUUGGCAGUGACCAGGCUCAGUUUCCCCCCCAUCACUUACCUGUGUUUUCUCCUCUCUCCCUGCAGGACCCUCAUCCAAGUCCACCGAUCACCCUGGAGACACAGGACGGCUACUUUUCUCACCGGCCAAAAGAGAAAGUGCGAACAGACAGCAACAAUGAGAACUCCGUCCCCAAAGAUUUUGAGAAUGUGGACAACAGCAACUUUGCCCCUAGGACUCAAAAGCAAAAGCACCAGCCUGAGCUGGCAAAGAAGGCCCCGAGUAGACAGAAGGAGCUCUUGAAGAGGAAGCUGGAGGAGGAGAAGGGGAAGGGGCAUCCGUUCCCGGGCAAGGGCACCAACGAGGUGCUGCCUCCUGGUGAGAAAGCCGCCGUGAACGGGAGCCAUGGGAAGGAUGUCCCAAGACAGCCCCACAGCAGGAAAAGCGGGGGCAGCUCCCCUGAGAUCAAGUAUGACCAGCCCCCCAAGUGUGACAUCUCGGGCAAGGAGGCCAUCUCUGCCCUGUCCCGUGCCAAGUCCAAGCACUGCCGCCAGGAGAUCGGGGAAACCUACUGCCGCCACAAGCUCGGGCUGCUGAUGCCCAAGAAGGUGACUCGGUUCUGCCCCCUGGAAGGCAAAGCCAACAAGAACGUUCAGUGGGACGAGGAUUCGGUGGAGUACAUGCUGGCCAACCCAGUCAGAAUCGCCUUCGUCCUGGUGGUCCACGGCCGGGCCUCUCGGCAGCUGCAGCGCAUGUUCAAGGCCAUAUACCACAAAGACCAUUUCUACUACAUCCACGUGGACAAGCGCUCUAAUUACCUACAUCGGCAAGUGCUCCAGUUUGCCAGACAGUAUGACAACGUUCGCGUCACCCCCUGGCGGAUGGCCACCAUCUGGGGAGGAGCCAGCCUCCUGUCCACAUACCUGCAGGGCAUGCGUGACCUCCUGGAGAUGACCGACUGGCCCUGGGACUUCUUCAUCAACCUCAGCGCGGCCGACUACCCCAUCAGGACGAAUGACCAGCUGGUGGCAUUUCUCUCCCGAUACCGAGAUAUGAAUUUCCUGAAGUCACACGGCCGGGACAAUGCAAGGUUCAUCCGAAAACAGGGUCUGGACCGACUCUUCCUGGAGUGUGACGCCCACAUGUGGCGCCUAGGGGACCGGCGAAUCCCAGAGGGCAUUGCUGUGGAUGGAGGCUCGGAUUGGUUCUUGCUGAACCGGAAGUUUGUGGAGUAUGUGACGUUCUCCACAGAUGAUCUGGUGACCAAAAUGAAGCAAUUUUACUCCUAUACCCUGCUUCCUGCUGAGUCCUUCUUCCACACCGUCCUGGAGAACAGCCCCCACUGCGACACCAUGGUGGACAACAACCUGCGCAUCACCAACUGGAACCGCAAGCUGGGCUGUAAGUGCCAGUACAAGCACAUCGUGGACUGGUGCGGCUGCUCCCCCAACGACUUCAAGCCGCAGGAUUUCCACCGUUUCCAGCAGACAGCCAGGCCCACCUUCUUUGCCCGAAAAUUCGAAGCCGUGGUGAAUCAGGAAAUCAUCGGGCAGCUGGACUAUUACCUGUACGGGAACUACCCCGCGGGCACCCCGGGCCUCCGCUCCUACUGGGAGAACGUGUAUGAUGAGCCAGAUGGCACCCACAGCCUGAGCGACGUGGCACUCACCUUGUAUCACUCCUUUGCCCGCCUGGGCCUCCGACGGGCUGAGUCGUCGCUGCACGUGGAGGGGGAGAACAGCUGCCGGUACUACCCGAUGGGCCACCCAGCAUCCGUCCACCUCUACUUCCUUGCGGACCGCUUCCAGGGCUUUCUGAUCAAGCAUCACGCUACCAAUCUGGCCGUGAGCAAACUUGAGACCCUGGAGACAUGGGUGAUGCCAAAGAAAGUCUUCAAGAUUGCAAGUCCCCCCAGUGACUUCGGGAGGCUCCAAUUUUCUGAGGUUGGCACCGACUGGGAUGCCAAGGAGCGGCUCUUCCGCAACUUUGGGGGGCUCCUGGGGCCCAUGGAUGAGCCAGUAGGCAUGCAGAAAUGGGGGAAGGGCCCCAAUGUCACCGUGACUGUCAUCUGGGUGGAUCCCGUCAACAUCAUCGCAGCCACCUAUGACAUCCUGAUUGAAUCCACUGCCGAAUUCACUCACUACAAGCCCCCUUUGAACUUGCCCCUGAGGCCUGGGGUCUGGACAGUGAAAAUUCUUCAUCACUGGGUGCCAGUUGCAGAGACCAAAUUCCUCGUUGCACCUCUGACCUUCUCAAAUAGGCAGCCCAUCAAACCAGAGGAGGCACUGAGGCUGCACAACGGGCCCCUCCGCAGCGCCUACAUGGAACAGAGCUUCCAGAGCCUGAACCCUGUCCUCAGCCUGCCCAUCAGCCCUGCCCAGGUGGAGCAGGCUCGUAGGAACGCGGCCACGGCUGGCGCGGGCCUCGAGCGCUGGCUGGACUCGCUGGUAGGUGGGAUGUGGGCCGCCAUGGACAUAUGCACCACGGGCCCCACUGCCUGCCCCGUCAUGCAGACCUGCAGCCAGACGGCCUGGAGCUCCUUCAGCCCCGACCCCAAGUCGGAGCUGGGGGCCGUCAAACCUGACGGCCGGCUCAGGUAGCACUGGGCACACGUGAGCCACAGCAGAUCUCAAAGGGAAACAGCCAGGGGGGCCGGUGGCACCUGGACCCUGGCCUCCCACCCCCGGGAAGGGGGGGGGGUGUCUUUUGUGAGAGGAGCUCUCAUGACUACAGAAUGAUGGAGAAGGAAGGUGUAGAGGUCAAAGCUGUUUCUGCCGACGACCUGCAUUUGGCAAGCUGGGUACUGAGGGCAAGGACUGCUUGGUCCCCGCGCCACAGUGGUCUUAACCUCUUUUGGUUGAUCCUCAAAGCCUAUAGGUUCCUUGUUGUCCCUGCCAGUGACCCAGUCCCCCAGACAAGUGAUUCUCAAAACUUUUAUUUUGAGCAGCAGACUUUAGUUUACUAAGCGCAGUUAGAAGGGGGAAGUUCAAGGUGCAGUUGAACUCCAGGCUGCUCUGGUUGAAGCCGAGGAGUGUAAGGUUCUUCUCCAAGCACAGCCCACCAGGCCGUCCCUUUAUCAGCGGCACCUCCCAAGGUACCUGUCCAGAACCCACAGGCUCUGCAAAAGCCAGUUGGAAAAGCACGGCCCAGACCGUGGGCUUGAUUGAUCUCCAGCCCCCUGCUUGGGCUCAUUUUCCUGCUCCUGGGCCGGAGAAGGAGACUGUCUGAGCCUUCCCCCAGCCUUGUCAGGUUGAGUUGUCCUCCUUAGUCACUAGAUGAGCAGGAGAGCCUUUUGAUGGAACAUGGCCAAGGUUCCCCAAGGUGUCACUGCCACCGAGCCAGGGUUCCAGGCCAGCCUCCCUCCCGACUGCCACCGACAGGCUGAUGCUUAUACGCAUCAAGUCUCCUAGGCAUUCGUGGGCCCUGGCCAGUGGGAACUUUGGGGACCACGGCCAUGAAACUCAGAGAUUGUUGGGAGCCAACUCCUGAGCUGGACGGCACAGCAAUACCCUCCCGUGCGUGAGCCCUUCUGCCCUGAGGUCCGGGCACUCCAGAGGUCUGUGAAUCAUACCUGCCACCCCCAUCCCUGGUGCUGUAGGAAUGGACCAGACUUUCUACAUCCCUGCAAAAGCAUUUCAGAUUUGGUUUCUAACUCCAUGUCCUUCCUCCUGUGAGGUGCCGUGUGAAAGGGGGAAGCUUGGGGAUGUGAUUGGUUACUACCUUAACAACAGUGUUACUCUAAGUGCUCAAGGUGCAGAAACCUGACAUCUGAGCCGUGGCUCCAGGCCCCUUCCUCCUCCAGCCCCCACCCCGUCCCCACGACAGGCUUUCUUUGGCACAGGCCCACCCGUGGCUGCACCGUGUUCUGCUGCAGAGUCUAUCCUGUGUCUCUGUGCAGCGUGCGUGUGAAGGGAGCAGAGCCCAUGCCUCUUGCCCCUGCCCCACCGGGCCGGAUGUCCUGCGGGCCAGGGAGGGGCUGGAAGAGGGACACUUGCAGUAUUUAUUAUUUAUAUGUUUUAGUCCAUGACUAAUAGUAGGUGCUGCGUUUGCAGCUUGUUAGUUAUGUUCUCUUACUAACUGAAGCUGCCUUUAUUCAUGAAAGGCCCCCCCCUUCCCUACCCCUUCACCUCCCUCCCCAUGGCCAGUGUCUGUCUAUCUCCUGUCUGCUCUGUAUUCUUCACGUCCUGAGAGAAAGGCAGGGGUGUUGGACACUAUGAGGAGAAUGUGUGCCUCAGCAUCUGCUGAUAGUGGGGUGCCCCUCACGACAAUGAAGGCUUCCUCCUUCUCAGGCAGGGUGGGAGCCUGGGCCUCCAGUACCGAACAGGCCAAUGACUCCAGUGGAGGGAGAGGACCCAGGGCAGAGCCUGGGACCUUAGCAGGUGACAGAGGGAACCUGACUCCUUGCAAGCCUGGGAAGAAGAAAGAUCCAGUUUAGAAAAAGGGGGAGUAGUCGGACCGAGCUGGGAGUUAGCCCCUGUCAAGGGGCUGCAGGGGCUGUGGAGGGUCUUGCUCUGCAAGCCCAGGUCAUUAGUCCAUGAACUUGAGUGCAGAGGCCUCUGCCACCACCUCUUUCCACCCCAGCCCACCCAGGGAGCCUGCCUUUUCUCCCUCCUGGCAGAGUGGCUAGGAGCGUGUGUUUUCCACAGUGUCCUGUGUGGGGCUCAGCCCCAUGUCCACACUUGCCCACAUCCCUGGCUUUCCCCCCAGAACGAGGGGAAGGGCCAGCUUACUCUGGACACCAUCCACAGCCCCCCUCCCUGCAAGGGAUUUGGGAUGCCAGGCAGUCAGCCCAGGUGUUUCUUUUGGGUCAGGGAAUAAAAUAAGCAAAAGCCUAAGAUGAUUUGAGAAAAGAUGUUUCCACAAGAGACACACUAAUAGUUGAACUCUCUUUUAAUCUAAGAGUGAUUAAUCACAAGCCCCUGGAAACCCAGUCAUAGUUGGAAGGGCAGUGCCUGGGGCACUGAGUCACUGACCAGGUUUGAGUCACUCAUGCCAGAGGCUGGGGCAUGCAGUGUGAUUUCCCAACCAGCCUGCCCAAGUCUCGCCAAAUGGUCUCCAGGGAGGACAGAAAGCAUGGCCUAGACCCCGUGGGUCACAAGGGUGCCCUUUCCUCCCUUUGGAAAGAGACCUUUCUGGUCAGAUCAAGGCAUCAUUUGGACUUCAUUUCCCCAUGGCAGUUUAACUUUUAAAAGGCCAGCACAUUCAGAGAGAACCAGCAAGACCCCAGAUGUCGGGGGGCAUGGGGGCAGGUGGAUGCACUGCCUUCAUCGUUCCCUGGCUGGUGCAUGGACACCGGCUGGAACCUUGAUCUCUUUGCCAGGAAGGGGCAGAGUACGGACGUGUAGGGCUUUAGCUGUCCCUUGACACAGCCCAGUCUAUCGGGGACUCAGGACACAAGCUCCCCUACAGCAUCCAAGGGGGGAUGGAGUAGGAGGGUGUACUGGCAACGGUUGCUGGCCGACACCUGCCGGGUCAGAGCCAUGCUGUGUGGCAGGGGUCCCAGACCCUUCCAUCGUGGGGUAAGACAGCAUGGUGGCUGCUGCCUGGUUUUGCAUGUGAGUAUGCAGGCACAGUGCAGUCUUCCCUUGGGGCCAGGGAGGACAGGAAAUGGUCCUGGAAAUCUGAUUUUAAGUGUCGGCAAGGCUUUUUCUUUGUUUUGUUGGAGAGAGUGGGCAAAGGGAAAUUCCACAGUUCAUCCUGGGCACUGCUGGCCCACCUGCUGGCUGGAGAGGUGGUUUACCAUGAGGUAGGCAGUGCCCAUGUGGAGGAGGAAAAGCGCCACCCUUGGUGAAAUCUCACCAAGCACUCUGAAGAAACCAUAAACCUCUUACCAGUCAUUCCAACCAGGAGAGACCGUCCUGCAGAGAAGGGUCCCAGGAGGAAUGGCUUGUUCAGCUGUCCUAAGAUGGUGCUUAAAAAAAAAAAAAGAAUGUGGAGACCUCAGUCGCUGCCCCUUCAACCUAAAGAGGCCCACACUUUCCAGAAUUCCUGCCCACCCAGGCAGAGGUGAUGGAUGACAGGUUGGCUGGGGGGGCCCGGGAGGUUGUGUCGCAGCCCAGCUCUCUCCAAGUCCUACAUUUGAGCAGCUGUCCUUGCGCACGUUUCGGAAGCCCUGCUUGCUCGCAGGAUGCCCUCUUUGCCUCAGUUACCUUACUUUGCCCAUGGGUCUACCACAGGCGCUACCUCAUUGUGUCUGCUGAGAAGUUUACCUGGGGGAGAAACAAUUAGGUGUCCCAAAUCUGCUCGAGCUGAAUGUACAAUCUAUGCAAAUUCUCUCCCUCUGUUUCCUUCUCUGUCUCUCAAAAGUAUUUUUUUUUUUACGUUGCAAAUCAGAUACUUUAUAGACCCUAGACUGAGGGCUUUCAUGCGCCACCUGUGUCUGCCCCUCACGUUGUCUUUGGUUCUGUCCUUCCCAAGCCCCACCCAGGGAGAAAGCGGCCCCCCUCCUUCGGGCUGGGAAGCCUCCCCACUGCCUCUGCCCACGGAGUCCCCAGGAAAAGCAGGUUCUGCCCCCUUGCACCUCCAUCCCCCUCUCCUCCUUCAUUUUCCUUCCCUCACCCCCAAAAGCCUUAGGUUUCUCCUUUUUGAAAUGUGGCCUUAAAAUUAUUUUUGGAAAGCUGACUGCCCUCUGCGUCCACCUUCCACCAACAUCCGAGAAGAAGGAGCAUCCUGAAGCUUUCACGGCAGCCUCCUAAGUGAGAGGCUGCCCGUCUGUAGUUUGCAGAUGCCAUACACGUGGCUUCUAAACGCCGUCUUUAAGAGAAGCACUCUUCUGUUAUUCCUGUGGGUGAAACGAAGGCUCGGGUGCUCACGUGAACGUCAGCCCGUCCUCCGCGCACACUGCCGAGGUACCCUCUUUCCCCCACCCCCACCCAGGCGUGGUGACUUGGAGGUACUUCGUUCAAGGGUAAAGCAGGAGAGUUUCUCAGUUUCUCUCUUCCUCCUUCCUGCCUGGAAAGUGAGAGCAUUAAAUAUUCCCAGCCAUGGGUCGUGUUCUCAAAGGGAUCACACUUGCGCCUUCUGUUGUUCCAGGCUCUAUUGGAGGCCAAAGACAACCCUAGGGUUUCAUAGGAAAUUUACUGGAAUUGAGCGCAACCGUCCUUCGAGUCCGUUCUCAGUCUUUUUUUGUUUCUAAUAUGUUGUCAAUAGCGUGUGUUUGGGUAUUUUUUUUUUUAGAGGCCUCACGAUAAGUUAUUACUGUCCCCCUCAUUUUUUUCAAAGACAUGUGGUGAUAUAGUUUUUAAAAAUAACUAUUUUGUUAUAGAUCAUGAUAUGCAUAAAACUGUACAGAAAUAUUUUGUAAUUAUUGAUUUAAAAAAAAUCUGUAAAUAAAGUUUAAAAAAAUUCCAAUGGCACACACCUGAAAGAUGUAGAUAUUUUGCUAUUUAUUUAAAGGAGUAUUUUAAGAGAUAUUGAACUAUCUGAAAUUGACAAGUUAUCAAAAUUCCAAUCCUACGAAUGCUUUUCCUCAAGGUAGACAGUGAUUCUUGGAAAUGAUUGCACUACCCGCCCAUUUUUGCACCUUUUCUGUCUUUUCAUUUAGCAGAAAAACAACAACGAAAUUGUGCCUUAGCUGUAUUUUUUUGUCUAGGGGAGUUUGUUUCUGUCUGACAAAGCAAAAUUUUUUGCAGAAAACAGUGGAUGUAUUAAAUACUGUAUCAUACCAAAAACACUGCAGGUGUACAUAGAUGCUUUCUGUCAUACUGUGUUUUCAGAUGCAGAAUUUUAAAAUUAAAAAAAAAAAACUGUCUUUACGGAACAGCGGCUUAUGGCUUCUCUUCAGCAAUAUCCCAGGUCUUCGCCAAAUCUGGUCCUCUCUCCCCUCCUCUGCUCUGUCCAUCCUGUAGUCUGAGGGUGAUACUAUCAGUUAUCCAAAGGGGCACCAACUGGCUGGAAUUACCAAGACCACAGGCCUGAGCUGGGCCCCUCCUGGGCAAUCCUGGAGGUAUGGCUACACUCCCUAAUCAUCCUGCUCUGUCUCUUGACGAGAUUAGGACAGUGCCCUCCUGUAUAGGAGUCCCCUGGUUGCAGGAGAUGCUGUUAAGGAGAAGCUGCCAUUUAAGUGGCCAGGGGUCUUCUCUAUCCAAAUGGCUGAUUGUAUAGCAAAGCCGUUUCCCUUUCCUCGCCACACAUGCUUGACCACAAUUCGCAGACUUCCUGGUGCAUAGGUGUGAUCCCAUGGGGCCAAAUUCUGGCCAAUGGAAUGUGGGUGGAAGGGGCAUAUUUUGAAUCCUCUACAUCUGGAGCAUUCAUUGGUCAGUCUGCUCAUUCCUGGCAACCUCACAAAGCCCCCAAUUUAAAGGCAGGCAGACUUAGAGUAUGUAAGGAGCUAGGCCCCUGAUGGUCACAUGGAAAGCCAUCUGACCAGCUGUUUCUGACUGGUGAUGACAAUACAACACGUGAUGUGUUACACCCCUAAGAACCUGUGUUACACAGGUAGCCUUACCUUAACUGCUAAUUCAUCCAGAAUUGGCAACUGACAUCAUCUGGGAAAGUCCUUCAGCCCCUUCAUUCUACAAGUAAAGGACAGAAACUCGAGUGAGUCAAGUGAGUUGCAUGAAGCUACCAAGAUACACAAUACCAGUAUCAUGGUCAGAACCAGAACCAAGGUUGCCUAUGUAGUCCCAGUGAGACCUCAAGUUGUUAGGAGGACUGGUUUUCUUGGGUUGACCUCACUACCACAUCUGUAUGUGGCUCUCAAAGGUCAUGGACAAAGACAGAGAAUGCCCAGGUGAUGCAUUCACCCUUCAUGAUCGUUAAAGGCAGAGCGUGCCACUAAGACCCAGAUGGGACUACACAGCUGGAAUAAAACAGUCUAGAGACCGUGACCUUAGGGUGGAAGUAGGGGGUAUGGUGAUGGCAUGCACUGACCUCCACACUAAAUGAUGCCCCAUUCAGAACUUCCUGGGAAGAUGGCAGAAUAAGAGGAGCCUAGAUAACAGCUCAGUAUAAAUAACCCAAAAACACGGGGCACCUAGGUGACUCAGUCAACUGAACAUCCAACACUUGAUUUCGGCUCAGGUCCUAAUCUCACGGGUUGGUGAGAUGGAGCCCUGUGUUAGGCUCUGGAGGGCAGCACCAAGCCUACUUGGGAUUCUCGCCAUCUCUCUGUCUGCCCCUUCCCUACUCGCACACAAGCUCUCACACUCUCUCUCCAAAUAAACAAACUUAAAAAAAAAAAAAAAAAACAGCACAACCCAAACACUGGCAGAACAGACUCUCCACAGCUAAUUGUAGAGAAGGGGCCAUAGGAAGGCAGGAAACAUGGUCGGGAGCAAACUGACCCAUGGGGCUGUGUGCAGGAGGCAGGGACACCACAGGCACAGAGAGAGGAGCAGACGUCAGACCUAAGACAUGGGGGCCUGCACUGGGAAGAUGAAUCCCCCUAACAUUUGACUUUGAAAACCACAGAGGCCUAACUUCUAGAGGUCUUACGAUCAGUCAGGCUUAACAUCCUUAACUUUCACAAUCAGGUUCAGCUCUGGGAGAGCCAGGAGGGUGAUAGGAACCUGAGCCUCCACCCUUAAAGAGACGGAACAACAAACAGCCCAUGGAGAUAUGUCAAUAGAAGCAGCAGUUUGAAAAAAUGCUUGGGGUAUACAAAAAGAGUUAUUUACGAAGAGCUUGUCCCAGAGGGACAGAGAACACUGCAAGACUCCUCCAGGAACAGAGGCACCAUUUCCCACCCCCGCCCCCCAGCAUAAACACACGGCCACCCGUGGGAACCAGCACAGUGCCAACAUCCACCACCUAACUUGACUGCACCAUAUGCCCCACCACCCGGCGCUGUGCUUUGGUGGAUCUGCCCCCUCCACACAGGCCCACUUCAAUCCCUCUUGCAGAGGACCAGCUGCUCACAAACCUUGCUUACCAGCACCACCCAUCCGCCCCUCACACCCCUGCACAUGUGGGUCUGCCCCCCGCCAUAUGCUCUUGGCAGCAGCCCAUCCAAACUGGGGCCACAAGCCCGGCAGUAUGCAAGCAGCCCCAACCAGGGCCGCCACCACCACUCCAAGGUGACUCCUCCCCCAGGCAGAGGGACAGAUGACCACAUAAACCAGUCCAACUAACCCAGACAGUGGGCAGGAGGAAGAAAUCUUAUCUAUAGUCUCAUCCACCAACCGAAGCUUCUCAGGUGCUACUUCGUCUCUGGCAAAUGCCUGGUCUGACUCAACUCAAGCCCAAGGCAGCCCCAGACAGGCCCACUGCCACCACAGGGACCAAACCCUGCCCACAACAGGCAAAAAGCCACUGCAGCUGACUGGACUGAAGGCAAAUAAAUGUGGCUUAGCCACAACUACAGGGCACUUGCAACACAUGCAGGAGACACCCCUGAAACACCAGGUUCUGAUGAACAGGGGACACUGGACUCACUGCAGCACAUGACAGGACCUCUUCUUCUUAAGGCCAUCACUUUCAAGAGCAAGGGCCAUAGCUGACUUUGCUAACACAGAGAGAAAGACACAGAAAGUUAGGCAAAAUGAAGAGAAAGAAGAUUAUGUCCCAAAUGAAAGAACAAAAUCACAGCAAGAGAGCUAAACGAAACAGAGGUAAGUAAUCUGCCUGAUAAAGAAUUUAAAGUAGUGGUCAUAAAGAUACUCACUGGAAGAGCCCCUGGGUGGCUCAGUCGGUUAAGCAUCCGACUUCGGCUCAGGUCAUGAUCUCGCAGUCUGUGAGUUCGAACCCUGCGUCAGGCUCUGUGCUGUCAGCUCAGAGCCUGGAGCCUGUUUCGGAUUCUUGUCUCCCUCUCUCUCUGACCCUCCCCCGUUCAUGCUGUCUCUCCCUGUCUCAAAAAUAAAUAAACAGUAAAAAAAAAAAUUUUUUUAAAGAAAGAAAAAAAAAAGAUACUCACUGGACUAGAGAAAAGAGUGGGGGACCUCAGUGAGACCCUUAACAAGAUAAAAAAAAAAAAAAAGAACCAAUCAGAGAUGAAGAACACAGUAAGUGAAAUUAAAAAUAUACUUGAUGCUUGAUGGGAGACUUCUCAGGGAAGAUGAAAAGAGUAAGAGAACCCUAAACUCAACUCAUCCCAUGGGUACAACUAAGUAACACUCACAUAGGAGCCAAUACCCAGAAAAGGACCCAAAGACUUGCUGAACAAACUCCACAACUAAUGUGAAGAGGCCACAUCAAAGGGGAAGGGUGAAAACUCAGCAGGACCCUAAGCCCCAAGGAUCUGACUACCAGAGGGAGCCAUAGGAGCAGACACAGGUGAGAAACAGUCUAUCACAACAGGGAGCGAGCAAAGGAAAGAGAAAUCCCCUAACAUUUGGCUUUAAAUCACAGGGGCCGAUUUUUUUUUUAAUUCUUACAACCAGCUGGACAUAAAGCUUCCAGGCAAACCUAAAAAAACAGCAAAAACCAGCUGGCUCUGCUCUGAGAGAGCCCAGAGGGCAACAGGCACCUUAGUCCCCACCCUUAGAGAGCACAACAAAUAGCCUGCUAUCUCUGCAGUGAAGCAGCAACAUGAAAGGCACGUGGGGCUUACAGGAGGGAUAGUUGGUUAACUAAUCACAGAGUUCCCUGAGGGACUUCUCCAGGAACAGAGAAGCUGGCAGGCACUAUUUACCUCCCCUGCUUCUCAUCCUAAACACACAACCACCUUCAGGAACCAGUGAGACACCUGGUCUCCAGGGUGGCUGCACAUCCCCUGUAGAGGAGGACAAGCACCACCUAUUUAAAAAUGCACUUCCACCCACAACUUUCAACAGCAAGAGAUGUAGCUGACUUUGCUAACACAGAGAAGCACAGAGUCAGGCAAAAUGAGGAGAAAGAGAAAUCCAUCACAAAUCAAAGAACAGAACAAAACCACAGCAAGAAACCUAAGUGAACAAGAUCAAAGUAACAUGCCUGAUAGGGAAUUUAAAAUAAUGAUCAUAAAGAUACUCACUGGACUUAAGAGGGGGAAAUCAAUGAUACCCUUAGCAAAGAAAAAACAUAAAAAGGAACUCCUCAGAGAUGAACAACACAAUAAAUAAAAUUAAAAAUACACUUGAUGGACCAAUAGCAGACUGGAAGAAGCAGAGGAACGCAUUAGUGAACUAGAAGAAAGUAAUGCAAAGUAAUCAAGCUGAAUAAGAGAAAAAAGAAUUAUGCAAAACAAGAAUAGGCUUAGGAAGCACAGCAACUCCAUGAAGCAUAACAUUCACAUUGUAGGGAUCCCAGAAGGAGAUGAGUGAGAAAAGAUGGCAGAAUAUUUAUUUGAAGAAAUAAUAGCUGAAAACUCCCCAAAUCUAGGAAAGGAAACAGAUUCAGGUCCAAGAAUCACAGAGAUUCCCCCAACAAAAUCAACCAAAGGAGGUCCACACCAAGAAUGAAAAUGGCAAGGGGUGCCUGGGUGGCUCAGUUGAUUAAAGCACCUGACUCUUUAUUUGGCUCAAGUCACAAUCUCAUGGUUUUUGAGUUUGGGCCCCAUUUCAGGCUCUGCACUGUCAUUGCAUAUUCUUGAGAUUCUUGGUCUCCCUCUCUCUCUGCCCUCAUCUACUUGCAUGCUCGUGUGCACUCUCUCUCUCUCAAAAAUAAACUUUAAGAACAAAAAAAGAAAAAGGCUCAAAAAAUUGUGAUACAGAAACAUUUUAAAAGCAGCAAGAGAAAAGAAACAGUUACAUACAAGGGAAACUCCAUAAGGCUAUCAGCAGAUUUUUCAGCAUAAACCUUUCAGGCCACAAGAGUGACAUGAUAAAUAAAAGUGCUAAAAGGGAAAAAUCUACAGCCAAGAAUACUCUAUCAAGCAAGGCUGUCAGUCAGAAUAUAAGGAAAGAGAAAGUUUCUCUAACAAAAACUGAAGGAGUUCGUGACAACUAAACCAGCCAUGCAAGAAAUAUUAAUGGGGAAUCUCAAAUGGAAAGACUGUAAGUGACA